AUUUUGACUGCUGGGCAUUGCCUGGUGGGGGCUACAGGUACCGUCAACUCUCCACAGAACAUCACGGCCGGCUACGGCAGCAAUGUGUCUGAGCAGCAGACAUUCCAGACGGCCACUAAUGUGUUUUUGCACCCGCAGUACAACCCGUCGCGGUUCGAGAACGACAUUGGCAUCAUCCAAGUCCCAGAUAUACCGCUGGACGGGGUCAAGGCAUGUGCACUGCCCGUAUACAGGGGCUGGCUGUACCCAGGCAUGCCAGUCAGGUCCAUCGGCUGGGGCAUGACCAACUACACGGACUACUACAGCGUAUCACCGGAGCUGAAGGAGGUCGUCAUCAAGGUUGGCAAUCCUGGCCCCAUGCAAGUACCAGCACGUUUCGAUAACAGCAACGGGCCGCGCAUCUGCAUUGAGAAUGCGCUGGUUCCCGACAACGGGCCGUGCAGCGGUGAUUCGGGCAGUCCGCUGAUUGCAUACGAUGGCAACAGGCCGUACUUUGCAGGCGUCAUGAGCAACGGCGGCGGUGCGCACGGCGAAGCUACGUGUGCUGUGACCGGAGGCUUUGCCUUCUACACACACGUGCUGAACUACCUGAACUUCAUUUACACCGUCACCGGGCGCUGGCUUUGA